AUGGAUCUAAGAUUCGGAUUGAUACCAUGUUAUCCAGGAUUAAAAGUAUUCAGUUCUGGGCUUGCAGAUCUUGCUCUAUUCAUGGCUUCCGAGUACAAACAUAUGAUGAAAAUUAUGCCCUUUGUGCUUGAAGGUCUUAUUGAAGAAAAAAAAAAUGAGUCACUUAUACGAAUGUUUAUCAAUUGGAAUAAAAUGUAUCAUCAAUCAAGACAAUAUAAGUUUACGCAAUCCGAUCUUCUUCAAUUUGAGAAAUCGAUUCAAAUAUGGGCGAAAAAAUUUAUUGAUAUUCUUGGACCAUUUACUAAGAGAGAAUGUCGGUUUUCAAAAUUUCACCAUUGGAUACAUCACACCAUUGAAACAAUUAAAGAAUAUGGAAAUUUAAACGGAUUGAGCGCUGAAACAUAUGAAUCACUCCACAAACAAUACAUUAAAGUUCCAUAUAGAAUGUCUAACAAACGCAAUAUCGAUAUACAGAUUUUGCAAAAGGUAACACAAACUCUCACACUCAAAAAUAUUUAUCGGCAUAUUUUAUUACAAAAUGGGCGAUCCAAACCUAAGGAAGAUAUAGGAAAAUUCGGAAAAAAAUAUUUCACUAUACCGCAACAUCUUCUGAAGUCGCUCAUCGAUAUAUAUAAGCAUGAUGAAGAAUGUACAUUUGAAAUUCUUGAUGGCCUGUGUCAUCUUGUUCCUGCAAUGAACGACUAUUUUGAUCUCAUGUCCGUAUUUGAAGAAGACAUAAAGAAAUCAGAAAUAAUUUUUAUCUUAUAUGAAUCUUUCACAUUGACAAACAAAGAACAAAUAAGGGCUACAAAUAAUUAUUACAACAUGCCAAUGUUUAGCAACAUUGCUGUUUAUAUGGAUUCUGAACAAAAAGAAUUUGAGACAUUUAACGGAUAUUGCUUUGCAAAGUUAACAAAUAUUUACAAUUUGAUUCCAGUCGAAUCAAUUAAUAAUCUUGUUCAUAUUGUGCCACAGUUUGAUACAACAAACUCAUAUUAUGUUAAUAUUUUCCUCUGGAUUGUUAAUACACCGCUAAUUGACCAUAUGACUUCUGAAGCAACCAACCCAUUAAAAGAUAAGUUAAGUGGUCAAAAAAGAAAUGAAUCCACCACAUUCAGCGCCAUGUAA